AUGCUCGUUGCAUUAUGGCUGAUAAGCUCUCUACCAUCUGUUCAAGCCGAACACGAACACGCUCCCAAUAAGGACUGCCCGCUCCCAUCAGAUACUGAUAGAGAGUACCGCUUCGAUCUCCCUGCUUGGGUGACUAGGGGUGGGUGCAUUCGCGAAAGGGGCCAUAGAGAAUGCAGCCGAAUCUUGGAGGCUAUUCUUGAUUCUCUCGCCAAAAUCAGGGAGGCCGAAUAUGCGAGUGCUGCAAGUGUUCUGAGUCUCCUGCCGACAAUUGGCGCAUUGUUCGGGCCUCCUACCAGUGAGAUCUGGCGGCUCAAGUCCAUCGUGCCAUUCGGUGGUGCACUGGCCAUGAGCCUGUCCUUUGGUGGUGCCCUCAUGCCCGUUAAUGUCGAAGACUACGAAAACGCCGUGGCAAAGGGGAACACUGCAAUCGGAAGCAUCAUCAGUCUACGCAGGCACCCUCCCGGAAGCCAGAAAGAUGUACCGAACAUAGAUGAAAGGCUACAAGAGCUGAGCAAUAAGAUAAGAGAACGUAUCGAUCGACUCGAGAGCGUCCGACCGCCAAAAAAGACCCUAAUCCUUGGACUAGUCGUCAUGUUUAUCCUCUUCUCCAUGGCACAAGCUGCGAUGGCCGUCGUUGAACAGGGCGGCGUCAUCAAUUUCCUUUGCUCAGCUCGGUACUGGAUGCACAUGUGGUACUUCUUAGUGACACUCGCCGCAUUUGCCGAAGAUAGGGCCCAUAGGCCAUUCAAUAAGACAUACAAGCUAUACCUAUCAAGCUUGUCCUAUGAUGUCGAGAUUCUGGGCGGUCAGCCUAUCAGUGACUAUUUCAGCACCAGUACAGCAACCGAAAAUGCUCUAAAACAGCUAAAAACUUUGAGGCCGGCGUCAAUGAACUUUUUUGGUUCAAGUCUUCAGACGCCUGCCAGGAAUUCUGUCAUCGUGAUGGUCUCGAUUGUUGGUCAGCAGAAGUGGGAACAGAUUGGGAAACGUCUCAGCAGAGUGUUCAGUGUGGCAGUCUUUGUCAUGGGCACCGCAGUCUUUGCCUCCGCGACCCUUCUGUCUCUAAUCAUGGCUGUGGUAGUUCUAACACUCACAUUAGCAGCUGGGAUUUUCGGUCGCGCUAUAGCCAGCUGGAUUGUCAGCAACGUCGCAGGCACCGAGCCAAUGAUUCACAUCAUCUCAGGUACUAAGGAAGAAGCAUACCAAGCUAUCGCCGAGAUUUUGAGUUUGAAAUCAAACGACGGAUCGCCAUUUCAAGUCGAGAUCAAUGGUCAGAUAUUCAUCAAUGAGCGACGUGUUGCCUCCCGGUCAUGGCUCAAGGUCGCCCUGUUUGGUGUGCUGGCCGAACCUUAUGAUAUUGCUAAGCCUUACCAAAAGACCAAGAUGUCCUCUGGAGCCGGCAUGUCUUUGAACCCUUUGUCGUCUGGAUUGACAAACACUUUGAGAGGCGGAGUUUCAAUACCCUUCCUUUCCAGUGCCGCAGAUCCAUCUCUGCCCAUCCACAGGACAGACAACGAUGCAGUCAAGACGGUAUCGCAGCAGAGUGUUCCAAGCAUUCCGCCUGACAAUCAACCCGACAACUGA